UAUCUUAAAUAUGCUUUAAGACAAGAUUAGUGUAGUUUUUAAAUACUGCUAAUAAUUAAUUUUGCUUUUGGACUGUGACAUUUUGGGAUUAAAAGUUCUUUGUGUAUCCAGACAAUUUUAAUUUAGUAUCUUUUUGAUCAGUGUGCUCUUGAGAGGAAGAGGUGUAUUUCUCAUAACUUUAGCUUUUGUGGCUUAGGGAUGGCUUCUCUUUUGUAUUUCUGGUCUGUUUUUUCUGUGUUUCAUUCUUACUUGUAAUCAUGAUGCAUUUUGGGUGGUUUUGUAUCCCUUUCUGAACUUCCUUUCUCAAAAAGGCUAGUGAAGAUGAAUGAACAUUAGCGUGCAUAGGAUUUCAAAUGCAUUUUUAAUUUUUCAUUCUUUAAAGACUUAUGAGAAAAAAGGCAGAGUGCUUAUUUUGAAAGAUCUAAUCUGUUAGUGUGGGAAAAUACAAUUCAUGCACUGGAAGAGUGGAAUCAGCAUCCAUCAGCAGUCUGUGGCAUUUACUGCCUUAAUUGAGGCUGGCUGCUGACAAUGUUAAACAUUAUAGCAAAAAGUUUCAAUUUGGAAGACAUGCGAUUAUCUUGUCUUCCUUAAUAGUCCUUAACUUGCCCCGGAUUCUUGCUUUAAGUCCAGCAAGUGAUUGUUUUCACAACAAGCUCAAAGUACAGCCUUCAGCACAAGUUCUGGAGUCAUGCAUCUUGAUUUCAUGCCAUGAUGAUUAUUAAACGAUCCUGGUUAGAGUUGUUUUCUCUUAAUUCCUCCUAGGGAACAGUUAAUUAAAACCUUUAGCUUUUUCUCCCCUGUUUUCUUCUCGCAGUGACUUGUAUUUUGAAAGCUUUCAUGGUGACCUUGGACUGAGUUUGCAGAUUAUUGGCAGGGAGUGCAGAAUGGCUGAGUUAGAGCUGUGGAGCAGCAACUGCUUCCUACAGGUCUCUGUAAUUUCAUACUAAGAGCUCACUUUGCUGAAACUCAUCAGUGGGGCUAUGUUUGUGGUUUUCUUUUGGGGGAUGGGGUGGUGUUCCCCUUGUGGACUACAAAAAGCAUUUAACUUGCUGUAAUUUGUAGAUAACUUGUAUAAAAGUGUACGUUUAGAAGUAGUGUAUAUUGAUUUGUACCUGCAGAAAGUGUAUUCUUUUGGUCUGUCCUCUUUGCACUCUGAUGACUGAUGUCCUUCUGUGCUUUACAGGGAGCAUGGGAUUACUAAAUAACUUCAGACUGACCCUGUGACUGACUCCUUGGUUUCUAAGUUUGAAGGGCUGUUGGUUCAGCUUUGACACUUGCAAAGACUGUUUAUUGCUGGAUACUUGUGAAAGAUGGUGGAUCGCUUGGCAAACAGUGAGGCAAAUACUAGAAGAAUAAGUAUAGUGGAAAACUGCUUUGGAGCAGCUGGUCAACCUCUGACUAUUCCUGGUCGUGUUCUCAUUGGAGAGGGAGUGCUAACAAAGCUGUGUAGGAAGAAGCCUAAAGCAAGGCAGUUCUUUCUGUUCAACGACAUUCUUGUUUAUGGUAACAUUGUCAUCCAGAAGAAGAAAUACAAUAAGCAGCACAUAAUCCCACUGGAAAAUGUCACUAUUGAUUCCAUCCAGGAUGAGGGAGACUUACGGAACGGGUGGCUUAUCAAGACACCAACAAAGUCUUUUGCGGUUUAUGCUGCCACUGCUACAGAGAAGUCUGAGUGGAUGAAUCACAUAAACAAGUGCGUUUCUGAUUUGCUUUCCAAAAGUGGGAAGACUCCUAGCAAUGAACAUGCAGCUGUCUGGGUACCGGACUCGGAAGCCACGGUGUGCAUGCGCUGUCAGAAGGCAAAAUUCACACCCGUCAACCGUCGUCAUCACUGUCGCAAGUGCGGCUUCGUUGUGUGCGGGCCGUGCUCUGAAAAGAGGUUUCUUCUCCCGAGCCAGUCUUCCAAGCCAGUGAGAAUCUGCGACUUCUGCUACGAUCUUCUUUCUACUGGGGAGAUGACUGCAUGUCAGUCCGCUAGAUCAGACUCCUACAGCCAGUCACCGAAGUCAUCUUUAAACGAUGUAUCUGAUGAUGAUGACGACGAAGACAGUAGCGAUUAAGGACGAAAUGUUUUUUCCAUGUGUUGCAAGUUGUUUCAAACCAUAUGGAGCUGCUUUUGGGGAAGUCUGUAGUGAGAUUCCUCAGAAAAAUCUUGUUCUAGCCAUAAAAUAUGCCUGAAUAUCUUCAAUUGCGAUGUGCCUCAAUCUAUGAAUUCUCUAGACAAUAGUUGUUUUUUUCUCCUCUGCAGGGAUAGACUGGUGCAAAUGUUAUCAGAAUAUUUUCCAACUUCAUAUACUUGAGUUCUGUCUAGGUUAGGCUUUUGUGGAAGACCGGAGAAUAAAAUGUACUUUCUUAAUUUAACAACCCAUACUUUCUAAUGUUUCAUAUUGAUAUGUUAUGUGGAGGUUUUUUGGAUAUGGGAAGGAAAACUGUGAACAUGCAUGGGAUGGUGAUGUUAUCGUUAAUCCUGUAGACUAUGUUGUUUUUCUAGCCAUGGUAUAUAAUAAGUUGAAAGGUGAUGUAACUUACAAACCUAAACGUCACGAAACUUGGAAACUCUUGUUUUGCUCUUACUUAUGACUUCCUAUGCCAAGCAGUGCCUUGUACCAAUUGUGCUGAUUCAGGAAGAAACAAACUUAUUUUAUGUCACCUAAUGCUGGUAUCUGAGAGAUUGUUGGUGCUAUUGAAAAUAACUGCUGUGUUCAAAGUGGAGCUUUGAUAAGGUCAUAACUGUACCUCGUGGUGAGUGAUGGAGACCCAAAUCACAUGUCCUCACCUGUGAAGGCAGACCCGAAGACUCUGCCACAGGCUUCAGCAGGGUUCUCCUUGCAGAAGCUGUGCUGUGGGUCAGGAUCUUGAGAUGAGAAGCUUAGGGAGACUCUUUGUGGGGAUUUACACAUUUUCUUUUCAGAACAGUUUCUAUGUUUCAAAUUUGUCAAAUGCAUACUGAAAUUUUAGUUGGGUGAUACAGCAUUUGGAUGUGAUAGCCUAUAUAUUUUUAGAAAUAAUUCCCAAAAACGACACUAGAAUUUUUUCUUAAAACAUUGGUGAGAAGUUUGUUUGGCUUUUUUUUUCUCCCCAGGAAUUUUAUUGGCUUGUUUAAAAAUAACCUCAUGUUUUCAACAAAAAGCCUGCAAGUAUCCCUCUAAACUGGCUUUCCUUUUUACACAGCUGACCUCAGGAUAAAUGUGAGUUGCAAGUUAUUUUAUUCUAAAUGUAUACCCAGGACCAAGAAAGAUGUAUUUAAGGACUGUAAUGGAAUCAUCAGUGCAGAAAAUGUCUCUUAUCAUAGUAUUCGUUUUUAUUUCUUGAGUCCCAAAGCAUCAUGUUUCCAUAUAACUGUAAAUGUUAGACUUGCAAAGACACAUUAAACCCCCAAAUGUAUGUUUCUGUAUUUUUAUACUGAUAGCAUCAAUUUUGAAGCAGAAAGACCUCUUUGAAAUAGUUGUAUAAAUAUAGUAGCAACUGACUUUAUACAAAAAAUGUUAAACUUUUGUAUCUCUGAAUGACAACUUCUGCACUGUUUGCCUUGGUUGGCAAUAAUUGGGUUAAAUAUUUAUUGAAUAAACAAUCAAUGCUGCAUGUUGCACUAGUCUCCCAUUCUGUACGCUGAAAGUGUCAGUCAUAUAUUUUUUUAACAAAAAUUAGCAGAGCACUUCAAAGCUGUACCCCUCCAUGAGAUUUCUGGUAGCUAAAGAUGCACUUAGCAUCUUGAGAGAGGCACUCUACAUUCAUAGUGUGCAAGACAUUGCUUCAGGUGAAAAUUGCAUUAAUAUUUCUAGCUUAGACAAUUUCUAAAAAUAAGGCUUUUUAUAAAAGCACAGAAGAGUAUUUGUUCUACUUGGAAAUAAAUGCACAAAGGGGAAAACACUUUCUGAUGCAGACUUGGGACCAGGAAGAUUCUGUAAAAUUGCUAGAUUGUAUAUAUUGAAAGACUAACUGAAAUGUGUAGUUGCAUACUUUUUUCUUGAAAGAUGGGGGAAUGGUGACCUGCAGCAGGGAAAAAUGGGCUAUUCUGAGAAGGCACUUUGAGUUAAUAGUGCUUACUUUUUGUACCUCUCAAUAUUUCUACUUCAGGAGUGGAGACUUGUCAGCUUCGGUUUUUCUACAGAAUCAAAGUACAAACUUCCCUUGUACAUACCUUCUAAUGACUAACAGUCAUUUUCUUCUUGAUGCAAUUGUUUCCUCUUUCUUAAGCUGUCAAAUAUUAACUUGUCUUGUUAACGAGUCCAUCUCCUUGUUUACUUUCCCCUUUGUUUCCUUGUGCUUAUUUUCAGCACCUUUUAGGGGUGAGAAAAGGGUUGCUGAGAGUUAGAUCACAUCCUGUACUUCGAGAAUGUAUUUGUACCUACUUCAGAUAUCUUUUUAUCUGUGAAUGAAACUUGCACUGUGCUGCACUGAUCCCUGAAGCUGUAACCAAACCAAUGCGUGUGUGUGGAAUUUUUCAUCUGAAAUUGAUGUAUGUGGUUAGAUGUUUUUUAAAAAGCAUUAAAAAAAGGUGUUUUAUGGUAAUGCUUCUAUUCCUCAGUGAUACUUGUUUAAAACUUUACAAAAUGGAGUUAACAUUGACUUCUCUUGUAGUUAAAAAUUCCUGAAAGGGCUCAUUUCAUACUCUGUAAUCUUGUUCUGUCAAAUUAUUUUAUUUACAAAUAUAUGGUGUAGCUUCAA